GGCGGUGAAAGCCCAGGCCGGGGCGGUGAACGCGUUUUUACGAUGCGCGUUUUACUUACUUACUUAGCGCGUCAUUCUCCGUCUCGCCUUUUCCGACGUGCAUCUUUGUGCGUUUGCAUCUCCACAAUCCCCAAGAGUAUACAAUCCCAACGAGUAUUCAUAGCCAGCGUCGUCAAACAGAUCACGCCCUGGCUAUCGACCGCAGCACCCACAGACGCGGAUCGUUCCUCCUUCACGCUCCGCCACAUCUCUGGCAUCUUUUCCCAUCUCGUUCCUUUGUCCCUUUUUUCGACACCCUUCUUGCCUCGACCUUGUACCGAGUUAUCGCCUCCCUUCCCCUCAUCUCUUUGUUUACCACAUUCCUCAAAUUAGGCCAUCACAAGAUGCCCGUCGAUAUGACUCCACGCCAUAAAAUGGGAAUCUCGGAUUUCCGAGAUGCCAUCCUCUCCCAACCGCCGUCCUUCAAGAAGAAGAAGGAGUACAAGAUCGAAGAGCUGUUGGGGAGAGGAGCGUUUGGCAAGGUUGUGCGCGCCACAUGGACUCCGCUAGGCGGGGAGAAGAAGGAGGUCGCUCUCAAGAUCAUCAACAAGAAGCUCGUCAAGGGCAACGAGCAGGCGGUCAUGGAUGAGAUAUCAGUCCUCAAGGAUCUCGACCACCCGCAUAUCGUGCACGUGUGGGACAAUUUCGAGUCGCGGGACAAGUACUAUCUCGCUUUCGAGCUGGCUGUCGGUGGAGAACUGUUUGAUAGAAUUUCAGAGAGGGGCAAGUUUACCGAAAAAGACGCUGUUGAUUGUAUACGCCAAGUCCUCCAAGCAACAGCCUACCUACACUCCCACAACAUUGCCCACCGCGAUCUCAAACCCGAAAACAUCCUCUACAAAACCCGGGACGUCAACUCUCCCUUGGUGAUUGCCGAUUUCGGUAUCGCGAGGCAUCUGGAGACGGAGGAUGAAGAGGUGGAGGAGGCAGCGGGAAGUUUUGGGUAUGCCGCGCCAGAGGUGCUUAUGGCGAAGCCGCAUGGGCUGAGGGUGGACUGUUGGAGUAUUGGAGUUAUCGCGUAUACGCUGCUAUCUGGGUAUCCUCCAUUCAGAAGCGACGACAGGAUGGGGCUGUUGGUGGAGAUGACUAAAGCAAAGAUCAUGUUCCAUGACCGUUACUGGUCCAAAGUGUCCAGUCCUGCCAAGGAGUUUGUCAAGGCGAUGCUCGAAGUCGACCCAAAGAAACGUCCCACCGCCGCCCAAGCUCUCCACCACGAGUGGAUCACAUCCGGCGAAGCGACCGAGAACGACCUCUCCGACGCCAUCCGCGCCAACUUUGACCCCAAACGCAAAUGGCGCUCCGCCCUCCGCAUGAUCCAAGCCUCCAACCGUAUCCGCUCCUCCGCCUCUUCCCGCUCCAACACCCUCUCCCCCGACUCGUCCACCCCGGCGUCCCCCGGUACGCCCGCAAGGGAGGGAGCGCAGAUGAUCUUGACGCCGUUGAGCAUGUCGGAUGAAGAUCCGAUGAGCGAUUACUUUUCGGCGGACGACGGUUCGAGGAGGGUGAGCUUGAUGUCGAAUGAGGGUGAGCUCGGGCAGGGGCAGUGGCAGGGGCAGGCGGGCGGGCAGGAUAGCAAUGGCACGCUCAAGGGCAAGCCUGCUGUAGCGAGGCCGGGCCAGCACAGACAAUCGACUCUCAAGGCGGGCCAUGCGCGCUCUGGCAGUCUGCCAUUCGCUCUGCCAGAGACCACCGAGCCAAAGGUCGUCAAGGCCGAAGUGGACGACGCGGCCAGGCCGGAUAUCAAGGUCAAUGGCGAGAGGCAGACAGAGACGGGUCUGCAGACGCCCCCACCGACUGCUGCCGGUAGUGGAAAGAUGAUGGGGAGUAUCAAGGGGAUGAUGAAGGGGCUGAAUCUGUGAUCCGCUCGUAGUUCUAGAGCGAGAGGGUUGUCUAGAUGGGGUGAGGUCGGGUUCGUGUUGUAUUGGUAUACUUAUUUAUAGAUGUGCUGGGUCGCAUGCAAUUCGCUCUGCUCUUUUCGA